AUGGAGGAGUUUCCAGUGAGGACGGUGGAGGGGCUGUGUCUAGGCACCAGCUUGGCUAUGUCAGGCCUCUUCUACUACAUCUACAGGAAAAAGAGGAAGACGGUGGACAAGCUCAAUGUUAGUAGCCUGCCCUGUAUCUAUUCCUUCAGACAUAGGCUUAGAUUAAAUCCAUAUCGCUGAAGAUCCACAUUACAGCGCGAUUGAAAUUUAAGGCAACGUUCCCGCAUUCACAGAGACUACAUUUACGGUAGCCUACAUGCUGUAUAUGUCGUCUCAAACAGAAAUGACCUUUACAUUUAAAUUGCACUGUAACGCGGAUUUUCUGCGAUAUGAAUUUAAUCUAGCCCGUAGUCUUUACACGUUGUAAACAAAGUACAAACCACGCAUUUUUGAGACAGAGAUUUUUAUAGAAAUUACUGACUUUUCUAUUUGCUUGUUGUUUCAGGAUGCACCACAGUUGACUUUGGAUCGGAAACUGGCAGACCUUUUGAAUGCGACGCCGGGAAAGUGUCUGCAGUAUGUUGUCAUUGAAGGUAGGCAUAUAGUUAUCUGUGUGAAUGGGAAACAUUUCUGAUUGUAUCGCUAUGGUCAUAUUAUUAUGAUAUUGAGUAGACCCUGUUCUCUCUCACUUAUUGGUGUGAUGGGGCAGUUCUUAGUCUAAUGAAUGUCUCUAUCCAUGGUGCGUGUGUGUAGGGGCAGUGCAGCCUCUGGGGGAGCCUCUGAGGAGUCUGUUCCAGGGGGGCAGUGUGGGGGUGGUGCAGAAACUCAUGCUGAGGGAACACAAGCUGGUGUGGAACAGCCUGUCUAACACCUGGUAGAAACACUCCUGAUUGACACUCCAAAUGUAAUGUGAAUGACUAGUAUCAUCUGUAUUACCACUUUGAAUUAUAAAACUUGAAUAUGACUAGGACCGUCUGACAUCUGAUACACAGAUAUACACCCCCCAGUGAAGCUAACAUUUGUAAGUUUGGCUCUAUACUCCAGUAUUUUGGAUUUGAAUUGAAAUGUUUCACAUGAUGCGACGGUAUUUGAAGGUAUUUUCAUUCAUAUCUGUUUUACCGUUUAGAAAUGAAACCACUUUAUGUCCCCCCAUUUGAAUACGUUUUUGUUCCAUAAGUAUUUGGACAAAUUCACUUAUAGUGUAUUAAAGUAGUCAAAAGGUUAGUAUUUGGUACCGUAUUCCUAGCACGCAAUGACUACAUCAAGCUUGUGACUCAACAAACUUGUUGGAUUCAUUUGCAGUUUGUUUUGGUUGUGUUUCAGAUUAUGUUUUGCCCAAUAGGAACUAAAUGGUGAAUAAUGUAUUUUGUCAUUUUGGAGUCACUUUUAUUGUAAAUAGAAUAUAACAUGUUUCUGAACACUUCAACAUGAAUGUGGAUGCUACCAUGAUAAUGGAUAAUCAUGAAUAAAUUGUGAAUAAUGAUGAGUGAGCAAGUUAGAGGAACCCCCCUCCUAACUUUCUCACCCCCCCUUUCCUGUGUAGGACGGACAGUGAGCGUGUGCUGCACCAGAGGGUGAACGCGGUGCCCUUCAGCCUGGUGGGGUCAGACCAGGCCAACGUGAGGGUGCUGUGUCCCCUGGAGGCCUCGGGGCUGGAGAUGGAGAUCAUCCAUGAGAAGUUCCACCAGGCCAGCUACGGUUUUACUGACAUCAUCGGACAGUACCUCAGUGGAGAGAAGCCCAAAGGCCAGCUGGAGACUGAGGAGAUGCUCAAGGUGAGAUUUGGUUUGGUUUGAGGUUAUUAAUUUUUUAUGUAGCCAUAUCACUGAUAGAUUACCUCUUACUUAUGAUAAAAACAGUAUCUUCAUUCCAGAAAUUCCACAAUAAGAUGCAAAAACGUUCCAUUGUGUUUAGGAUGAGGGGAGGUGAUUAUUGCCCCUAAAUAGUGAUAGUGUGUUGCUCCAUAAUCCUGACCAUUUUGUGUCUGUCUGUAUUUCUAGGUUGGCGCAACUCUGACUGGUGUAGGCGAGCUCAUCUUGGACACGGACCGGGUGCUGAAGCUCCGCCCGCCCACUGACGGCUCAGAGUACUUCCUCAGCUCGGCAGACUUUGAGUCCCUGCGGCUGGAGCAGGAGGGCCAGGCGGUGGUCUGGCAGGUCCUGGCCUCUGUGUUCGCCCUGGCAGGGGCCGCCGUCCUCUUCUGGGUGGGCCGCCGCUACUACCGCAGCCUGAGAGUCCGCUGGGACCAGGAACGGCUGAGGAGGGAGUUUGAGAGGUUGGGUGCUGGGGGGAUUGGGGCAGGGUCUACGUCUGGGGCUACACAAGAGGGGGCUGGGGAGCAGGUGACACCCCUGGAGAACGCCUGUGUGAUCUGCCUGACCCAGCCGCGUAGCUGUGUGCUGCUGGACUGUGGGCACGUGUGCUGCUGCUACAGCUGCUACCAGGCCUUGCCGCAGCCCACCUGCCCCAUAUGCCGGCAGGCCAUCAAGAGGGUGGUCCCCGUCUACCAGGCCUGACGCCAAGCCUGGGAGUAGAACAGAUAUCUGUGUUCUCAUGGAUGGUAUA